AUGCUCCCAGAGCUGCACCCUGCCUUACCAAUCAUUAAUCACCCCAGGAGAAGGAGCAAGCGGCAAGCAGGAAAAGGCCGGGUGUCCACAGCCCCCACGGGAGCAGCAGGAGCAGCGCUGACCGGUUCCCUGGGGUGGGCUCAUUCUCUGACCACCCUCCCCUGGGAGGCCCUGUGGAGGUGGCCAGUCCCACACUGCCCUUUCCUUCAGGAAGGUCACUCAGUCCAGGGAACAAGAGGCUCUGCCUGUCUGGGAGCCGCUGGGCUACGUGUGAGGUGAGGGUUUUGAAGAGGAGUUUCUGUCUGGCUGUACCGCAGUCUUCAUCUCUUCGCCAUGCAGCACAAGGCAUUUUGGAGCGCCCUGGAGUAUACCUGCCGAUUGCUGGGCAUCUCCACUGCAGCAGUGCUGAUCGGUGUGGGUGUAGAAACUCUGCAGCAAGGACAGUUCAAAAGCCUGGCUUUCUACCUGCUUUUUUCAGGGGUUGCAGUUACUGUCUGUGAAGGCUUCUUCUUUAUCAGUUUGUUCCUGGAGAUGUGCUUCACUCACAAGCCUGAAUCCCUGGCACAGGCCUGCUGGAAGCGAGCUAGAUGCCCAGGGAGCUUCCAGAAAUUCCUGGGGUACACACUGCUCUCAGUGGCUUGCUUCCUGCAUCCCGUCCUCGUCUGGCAUGUCACCAUCCCUGGGUCCAUGCUGGUGCUCACUGCCCUGGCCUACUUCCUGCUGAGCAAGAGGAGGAAGAACCCAGGGCACAAAGAGACACAUCCCCAGGGAGGCCAGUAUGUGGACCCUUCAGCAACUGAGGCAGCCCCAACCAUCAUUGGUGACACUGAGCAGACCUACACCUUCCACGGAGCCCAGAGGGAGCAGCACCGCUCUCUUCUGGGCCAUAUGAAGAGCAUCCUGAAGGGCAGCAAGGACAGGAGCUCAGCCCCAGAAACUCCUGUCCAGCCAGCGGCCGUGCCAGUCCCUCGCAAGCAAGUGCACUUUCAGGAGAAGGUGGUGCAGAUCAUCCCCUCUGUCAGCGAGAGCUUGGAGGAUGUGGAGAGUGAGGCUGAGGAGACCACAUCGGACACAACACCCAUCCUCACCCCACCUGAUGCCCCCAUCAUCAUCGCCCCUCUCAGCUCUGCUGGCCUCUUUUGA